AUGGAACAGAAGCAGUCGGCGCCGGUGAAACGAUCUCGAUGUCUGUGGGGAGGCAACUACGGCGAGAAGGAGGCGCGAGGGACGGAGUCAGAGCCGCAGGGGAUUAGGGUUCUUGCCUUCUCGGUGGGAAGGCUUUUAAAGCGGCUAUUGGAUCACGUGGAGGGUUGUAAAGUUCAGAGUAUUAUUAAUAAUACUUUUCCGCAGGAAGAACGGAGGGGAGCGCCAUGUUGUCGCCAUGGCGAGGAAAGCGUUUGCGAUGAUCAAGCAGCGCCCCCUACUCGCCUCUCAAUUCGAGGCAGCCGAGCAGUGGCGAGGGCGAGCGGAACUUACAAUGUGAGGGAUUUCGGUGCCAAGGGCAACGGCGUGACUGAUGACAGCCAGGCAUUUAUGGAAGCAUGGAAAAAAGCUUGUGCAUCAUCUGGACGAACAAAGGUUUUGGUUCCCGCUGGAACAUACUUCCUCAACCCUAUCGAAUUCAGUGGCCCUUGCAAAGAUGUCAAUGACCUGAUAUUCCAGUUUCAUGGAACAUUGAAAGCGUCGACGGACUUGAACAAAUACGUGAAUCGUCGUGGUUGGGUGGCGUUCGGAUGGCUAGACCACUUGACCUUGACUGGCGGAGGGACGUUCGAUGCUCAAGGAGAAGUGUCUUGGCCAUUCAACAAAUGCCCAACACAGAAGAACUGCAAUCCACUACCAUCGUCACUCAUCAUUGUAAACACGAACAACACUGUUGUCAAGGAUAUAACAACUGUGAACAGCAAGUUCUUCCACAUAGUUUUGAUGAAUAACAAUAACUUUAAAGGCAGUGGAAUCACAAUCAAGGCCCCAGUCAAUAGCCCUAACACCGACGGUAUUCACCUAGAGAGUAAUUCCGGAGUGACCCUUUCCAAUUCUCACAUUGGCACGGGUGAUGACUGUGUCUCCAUUGGACAAGGCAACUCUUUCGUCACAAUCAGUGGGAUCGCUUGUGGUCCUGGCCAUGGCAUUAGUAUUGGGAGCUUAGGAAGGUACAACACUGAGAAGGAUGUCAAGAAUAUCAUUGUGAGAGAUAGUACUUUCGUUGACACGGUGAUGGGAGUGCGCAUCAAGACUUGGGAGAACUCGCCUGUUCAAACUACAGUUCAAAAUGUAACCUUUGAAAAUCUCAUCAUGAAGAAUGUUGGAAGCCCUGUAGUCGUCGACCAAACUUAUUGCCCCUUUGCCUAUUGCGACCACUCGGCAUCUUCGCGUGUGCAACUAAAAGACAUCAAGUUCAAAGACAUUCGAGGAACAGCAGCAUAUAGGGAGGCAAUGAUAUUAAAAUGCAGCAAAGGGCUACCGUGCCAAGGGCUUAAGCUCGAGAACAUCGACCUCACGAGUUCAGGUCUCUACCAGGCAAUGUCUGUCUGUCUUGAUGUUCGAGCUCAAUUUUCCGGCAAAAUCAACCCUGAACCAUGCAAGUGAUGCGGAUGAAAAGGUUCUUUGCUGAAGCCAAGGCUCAUCGAGGAUUGAGAUUGUGGCUCAACGAAGGUUGAUGUUAUGACAGUGUUGUGAGUCGUGAAGAAUUUCAAAAGUUAGAGUUGAUGCAUGAAGAUAGUGGUGGCUUUCACUUAGUCACCCUUCUUCUUAUGUUUGCUUUUUAUUGAUAUUUGCAAGUAUUUGUUAUAUAACUAUAUGUGCCUUAUAGUAUUCCUUUAAUAUUAACAAGAUCCUUCAAAGAA